AUGCCCCAGUCUCAUGCCAAAUGGCCCGGCCGUCUGCAAGUGGCGUUUCUGCUUACAGAAGGUAACAGGUGGGAGAUCGCCCCGUUCCCUAAUUCGGGCGUGCGCCGCCCGCGGGCAGCCGCGGGCGCGGGGAAGCAGCUGUUGCCCCGGGAACGGACGUGGGGGACCCAGGGCGAGCUGGACACCGCCGGCGGGCCUUCCCUGCACUUACGACGGGCGGGCGGGACGCCGGCGCCGGAGACUGGACCCCGCAGCUCCGAGGGGCCCGCGGUGGCGAGCCGGGGUAGGCCGCCGACGCAGCCGCGGCCCCGGGGAGGGCUGGACGCCGCCGUGAAGGGCAAAAGGCGGGGCGGCGGCCCCGGACCCUCCCCGGCGGCGGUCUCGCGAGAGUGCGGUGGUCGUGCCGUGGGUGCCAGCGUGGGAAGCCACGGCCGCUCCUCGUCGCCCGGAGCAUCCGGGCAUCCCGGGUGGUCCCGAUGCAGUGCCGCAGCCAGCCAGCCGGGCGUGGCCAGGGCCUGCAGCCCGCAACCCACUCAACACGGCUGGGAGACAGGCCUGGGAGGGAAGACAGAACAAACGCCAUAUGGGCCCGUUCGGCCCCGGUGGAGGGCUGAAUCGGGAUGCCGUGAUGACUGCAGACCAGCCUGGAGACAGGACAGCAACACGGAGACUCGGGUGGUCCGGGCCUCCACAGAGCCCAGCCAGGUGGCAGGGUCACAGGGCACUGACAGGCUCAGCAACCUAUCAGCCAAGGGCCCGCCCCUGCCUCCAGGGAUCCAGGUGUGCCCAUCACCUGAGGGGGAGGGGGGCGUCACCUUCCCCCAAAGACUAGCCAACAUCUGUAUUUCUCGGAAGCAGAAUCCUCCUAGCAAACCCGGAGCUAGACAUUUGCAUUUCAAAGGAUGGCUUGUCUCACUUGUAGGGGUUGGGGCUGGGUGGAGGGACAGCUUCCCAUCUCCUGCCUGGGCAACCAGGAUGGCUGCAAGAAAUUAUUUAGGCUCAGCCACCUUACUUCAUGCCAAUAUGCUUUUUUUUAUUGUUCUAUAG